UUGUUUAAGAAACAUAACAAUUGUUUUUUGUUAUCAUGUUGACACACAAAGAAGGAAAAAAACGACCAGCCUCUAGUAAUCCAAAACUGCCAUCUAUUCACUCACCAGUAUUAGUAGAAAAUGGCAGUGAUGAUCUAUCUAAGCAAAUUACAUUCGUUCCAGUGAAAAUACCAACUACCAAAUGGCAAGAUCGUUGGCCUCCACCUUUAAAUCUUUCACCUUUAAACCAGAGGAGAAAUAGUGAUACAGGAAACUUCCCAGUCAUACCAAAGAAGGAAAACAAAUCAGAUAAUAAUCAAAAUAAAUCAGAAAUUGAUAUUUUGACAAAGAGAAAAUCAAGCAGUGCAAAAUGUAGUAUGGGAAAAUGUGAAAAUGUAAGUAAAAUUUAUUUAUAUUACUACAGAUUUUUAUUAAGUUUCAAAUUAAUCUUAUUUAUUAUGUAUGUUUUAUUUUAAAUUUAUAAAAAUAUUUAAUAUUAUUUUUAAAGACAUGAAAAGAUAAAUACAGGGUUUCUACACACCUGGAAAGUCAGGAAAAAUCAGGGAUUUUCAUUAGUGUUCAGAAAAAGUCAUGGAAUGUCAGGAAAUUUGAUAAAAAUUGUCAAAAAGUCAGGGAAUUUGCUUCCUUGGCUGCCUUGUUGAUUUUUUGCUGACAAUAUGCUUGACUAAGUGUAGUGUAGCCAUCUGCAGUCAGCAAGAAGUAAUGUGGUGCAAUACAACUCAUGAAAAGAGGUGCAGAAUAUUUUCUGGGUCCAAAAUUUUUCCAAAAAAUUU